CCGGAACCAUCGGCAGGCAUGGCUGCUUAUGCCGCGACCUCCCUCUUCCAACCUCACCACGCUCGCCAAGCCAUUCGCGAUGCUCACAAGAAGAAGAUUCCCCCGUUGUUGGGCUACUACUGCGGUCUUGGCUCUCAGAAAAUCACGCGCUGGGUAGCACCUCUAAACUUUGACGUCGUUUGGGUCGAUUGGGAACACAGCAGCAUGAACGUCGAGACAAUGACGACCAUAGUCCACGAGGCCAUUUUCAUGAGCCACGGAAAGACAAUUCCGUUUGUCAGAGUGCCAGGACAUGACCAUGCAGCUAUUGGAUAUGCGCUAGAUGCGGGUGCCAGUCUCGUUAUUCCUCAGGUUGAGAGCGUUGAGCAGGCCAAACACGUCGUAUCGGCAGCCAAGUUCGGAUCAAAGCAAAACGGUAGCCGCUCUGCGCCUCCAUUCCGAUUGUUUCCCGGUGUUACAGAUCGGCCAUUCGAGGAAGGCAGAGAUAUCUUUGAAGCUCUCAACCACCAAGCAGCCAUCAUGAUCCAGAUUGAGUCGCUAGCAGGCAUCAACAACCUCGACGCCAUCCUCACCGAGGUGCCUGAUAUCGACAUGGUAUGGCUCGGAACCCUCGACUGUCGUGUUGAGAUGAACAUGCCAAGCAACAUGGGCAUGGGCGGUACAGAGCCCGAAUGGUUAGAGGCCCGACAGAAGUUCUUUGAUGUUUUAGACAAGCACGACAAGCCCUAUGGCGGCUUUGCCUUCCCCAACCCUCCCUUUGGCGGCGAAGAAUCGUUCAAGAAGGCUGCAGAGCGCAUGUCAUUCAUUAUGGCGGCAGCGGAUACAUUGGCGUUGGCAGGAAUGGGCGAGAUCCUGAAGAUGUCGAGAGAGUAUGUGGCG